CUUCUAUUCUCUUUUUUUUUCACUUACACUACUACCCACAAAACCCCCUUCGAAACAAGUAUGUCUUCUUUUUUGACCUUGAAGCGUUUGCCCUCCUUGCUGGCUCGCUACCACUCCCCUCACAUUACUCGGCGUGCGUUUUCCGUGCUCACGGAGACGGUCAACGAUACCAAGCUGCCCCAGUUCAUGGUCGGCACCACCAAUGGUUUCUUACCUCGGCAAGACCCUCUGGCUGAACUUCCCAAGGAGUUCAGUCGCCUUGAAUCCCUGCUUCAGCGUAUGCCUAUUCGCCGCCCUGAUGGUACUCCCGGUUUGCUGGCCAGCGGUCAGUUUGGUGAUGCUGUUCGCGAAGAGCUUCCUCUUUAUAAUGUGGAUCAUAUCGAGGAUCAACAGUUGUUGUCUGCCCUCUUCCGCGACUACACUUUUGCUGCCUCGGCCUAUUUAUUGGAACCAUGCGAUAUCCUGUACAGAGAAUUCAAAGAUUACGGUCUAGGUCGAAGUGUGCUUCCCGCCAAUAUUGCCGUGCCUUUGACCAAAAUUGCUCAAAAGAUCCACAGCAAGCCCUUUAUGGAGUAUGCCCUAAGCUAUGCCCUUUGCAACUACAAGCGCAUUAACCCUUUGGGCGGCCUUACCUAUGAUAACUUGGCUCUGGUUCGUACGUUUGCAGGCUCUGCGUCUGAAAAAGGUUUUGUUCUGAAUCAUGUCACCAUGGUCGCACACUCUCCACACCUUGUGAAGCAUGCCAUGGGUGCUUUGAAUGCGGCUGCUGCCAAGAACCGCAAGAAGUUUGAUCAAGAAAUGGCAUCGUUGAACGAUACUUACAAUGAUGUGAAUGAAGAAAUGGAAAUGAUGUGGUCCCGCAGUCUUCCUGAGGACUAUAUCAAAUUUAGAACCUUCAUCAUGGGCACCAAGAACCAGCCCAUGUUCCCCAAUGGUGUUAUUUACGAAGGGGUGAGUGAUCAGCCCAUGACUCACCGUGGUGAAAGUGGUGCCAACGAUUCCAUGGUGCCCCUCGGAGACAACCUUUUGCAAAUUACAGAGCUUAUGCCCGAGAACCCCUUGACAUUGGUUCUCAAGGAUUUCCGAUCUUACCGUCCCACCAACCACAUGGAGUUCUUGGAACAUGUUCAGGAACGCGCAAAGCAAGUUCAGCUCAAAGCUUUUGCCAUGCAAGACCCUAAUUCUGCAGCCAUUUACCUUGCAAACGUCGACCAAAUUCGAGCAUUCCGCCACCGACACUGGAACUUUACCAAGGAGUAUAUUAUCAAGCAUACCGAACAUCCUGUGGCAACUGGAGGUUCGCCCAUCGUGACCUGGCUACCUAACCAGCUGGAUGCCGUGCUUGGCUUGCUCAACGAGGUUGCCGCUUCCAUUGACCGUUCUCGUUUGACGGCCGAAAAUAAGGAACGCGUUCAAGAGAUUUCCAAGCGUGCCGAAGCUCAACGACGGGUUCUCAACCGCGAAGUUGCUCAGUUGAAGCAGCGAUUCAAGAACCAAGAUAAAACUGAAUAAUCAACAAAGAAAAAGCGUCCCUUUUGAGUAAUAUCCAAAAAACUGAAAUAAAAAACUACAAAACGAC